UAUAAACGCAAAUCAUCACGAAAAAACCCAAGAAGAUAAAAAUUUAUCUCUCAAAAUAUGUGUUGUCUUCUAAAUUCUAAAUCAUCAGAUGCGUUAGGUGAUCAUCUUGGAAAGCCUACAGUCGAUGGACUCUUUCUUUAAAAAUGAAUAUUUCUUAAUUUAUCUUAAGCCUAGUACCAAAGUUUCUAAAUUCUUGGCCAUCCUAGUAUUAGGUUGUUGAUAAUUCAAUUUCUUAUAAAAAAUAUAGUUCAUUUGGGUUAAUUUUCAAACCAUCUUACAAACGAAGAGAAUCUUCUCUUUUUCUUGCAUUUUCACAUUUAUGCUCUUCUUAUCUCUUUGUGUUUCGUUCGUUUUUCCACGUUUUUUUAAUUGUCGAUUCUCAAAAAAGAGGAACCCCUUUGACACGUGGUUGCUCAGCGACGAUAAAAUGUAGCGCGAAAAUGUAAGGGAGGCUGCGAUGUGGCCUAGACAUAAAAUGCCACUGUGGUGCCGGAAUCUUUGAACGUGGAAACUCGAGGUGUAGUCGGAAUGUCCUGUAAACGGGAGCUUCGCACUUCAUAUGCAUCUUUGCAUUUAACUUAGGGGAUCAUUGAUACCUACCAAGCAUGGGUAUACUUAUACUGAUAAUUCUUGCCGCUAUUUUCAAUGCAACAAGCGGGGAGAAGAUUGGCAUCAGGAAAUCAGGUGAUCAACAUGUUAAGAAUUCAGUGGUUAUAAAGAACAGAAACCCACAAAAAGUGCCUUUAGAGGAUCCUUGUACAGUUCUUGGUUUGAAUCAACUCUUUAUUCUCAAACAUCGCAUAGAACUGAAGCUAAAAAAUGCUCUGAAAGGAGUACAGGAAGACAAGGGUAUCCACAAAGCAACAAGGGAGCGUCAGAUCAGGGCCAUUAAUUUGUUUAGAAAAGAAAUAAAUGAAACAGAGACUCUUUUAUAUGAGUCAAUACAUAGUUUGCAGCGGGUAUUGAAAGGUGAUUAUAAGUCUUUGCGGAACUUAGAGAGGACUAGCAAACAAAGAUUAGAGGAACUGAAAAAAGCAACAUUAGAAGAAGAGCAGGAACUCAAUGAUAUUCUGCAAGCUGAAAAAGACGAAAUUUCUGAACUGAAGAAAAAGGGUUUUGACAAUGUAUCAAAGCAGAAUACACCCAUAAGAAAAUUUAUUGAUACUUUAUUGGCUGAUAUUGCUAGUGCUGCUGAUAAAUUGGAACUUCAAUUAGAUGAUGGUUCAUUUCACAAGAAAUACAGAUCAAAAACCAAGAAAUAUGGAAUUGAGACAGUUUUACGUCUUGAUGAGGACGAUUCACAAACUUCCACUGACAGCAACAGUGUUACAAUGCUGAUUGACUCCCAGAAUAAUCAGUAUGUCCUUUCCAAACCAAAGGAUGGUACAGUCACCCAUGUUGAUAGUAGCUUGAUGAAAGAUAUUAUUUAUAUAAUAAUAUUCUCUUUAGCUUUCAGUAUUCCGUGUAGCUGGCUAAAGCUGCCAAACCUUGUUGCAUUCAUAUUAACGGGAAUUGUGCUUGGUCCCUCUGGAAUAAACUUUUUACGAUGCAUUGUACAGAUUGAAACACUUGGAGAGUUUGGUGUUUUCUUCAUACUGUUUGUGCUUGGAUUGGAAUUUUCUUUUGAGAAAAUUAAGCAGGUGUGGAGAACUUCCUUCACUGCAGCUAUUAUUAUUGCACUUUUGCUCAAUACCAUUGGAUUGGUGAUUGGAACAAUGUUUGGCAUCAAUCCUCGUCAAAGCCUGUUUGUUGCAACUUGCCUUUCAAUGUCCAGUACACCAAUAAUGAGUAAGAUAAUGGCAGUCAACAGUAACCAAAACAGAGACCAUCUAACCCUUGAAAGUGGCGAAGAUUACUUGAAUAUUCUGGCUGGCAUAUUUCUCAUGCAAGAUGUGCAGAUUGGUUUAGUCAUGGGGAUAUUGCCCAUUCUGGCAGGGCAUUUUGAGCAAAGUAAAACCUCAUUUGUUAUACUACCAAAUCAGGGUGUGAUUCAUUACUGGCUACAUGGUGCAAGUCAUGCUGGAUCAAAAGACAUUGUCGACAGCAUCUUAACAACAUUUUGGUCAUCGUUAGAACUCAUACUGGCAAUUUUGCUCAUAACAUUUAUUAGUGGAUUUUUAGCAACACAUUUCAUCUCAAGAUAUUUUAGAUUAUUAAAUUAUAUUGGAAAAAACGAGGUUGGUGUGGUUGGAACGAUAACAAUUGUGUUUUCAAUGUUAUUGGUAACAGAUCACCUUGGCAUUUCUAUGGAACUUGGCUGUUUUAUAUGUGGUGCAGUAAUUAGUAGUCAAGGAGAUCAAAUUUGUAAACAGGCAUCUUCGUAUAUUGAGGCAAUCCGAGACUUUUUUUCGUGCAUCUUCUUUGCAUCGAUUGGUCUUCACGUUUUUCCAGCUUUUGUGUUGUCAGAAAUCGCAAUUAUGAUUCCAAUAACAGCAAUGGUUGUUCUCUUCAAGUUUUCUGUGGCAUCCGUCGUUUUGGGAUAUCUGUUGCCUGAAGGGAGUCAGUCAAAAUGGUUUGUUGCUUCUGGUCUUCUACAAAUCAGUGAAUUCUCGUUUGUGCUCAGCAGCAGAGCCCGAAGAUUUGCGCUGAUAUCCAGAGAAGUGUACCUCGUGAUUUUGUCAGUAACGAUGCUCAGCCUAGUAGUCGGACCAUUUUUCUGGAAGAUUAUGACUUCGAAAGCUUCCUGGCAGACCCCUUUUCUGAGCCGGAUUUUACAAUUCAUUCCAUUUCUCCGCAAGUCAUUUUGAAAAUAUAUUUUCAUAAUUUAUCAAUCGGAUGUCUUAUCAAUGGUACAAUAUAUUUACGUUAUCAUAAACUUGUAAAUUUUGCAUUAAUUUAUUUUAUGAAGCAUUUAUUUUAAAUCUAUUGGCAGAACCGUUGUAGGAUAUCGUGAUUUUUACGCUUUUGUCGAAAUAUCGUACUUACUUACUAAAUUCUCACUAAACUUACUAAAUUUUUAAGAAAAUAUUUUUUUCUUAAAAUGAAAAUAGCAGUUGGGUUUUAUUCGUUAUGACACUAUGGUCAUUAGUUUACUAAAGCCAUUAGUUUGUUUUAUGUUUUUACUGCCUGGUUUAACUGGCAAAAGAUUGCUUUUUUUAGAAAUUAAAAUAUAUUUUUGCUCAUAUUGACGAACCUUGAACCUUUUACCAUUUUGUUUUACGAUCUGGGUUCAGAAGAAAAAAUUUGAAGACAUCACAGAAUCAUUACGUAAAAAAGCCCAGAAUUAAUUAUCGCAUGAACGAGGUUUCUUUUCGUAGCUCCGAGGUUGUGUCAAGGGAGUUUGAAUUUAACUACUAAAAUCCAAUUUCAAUCAGUUGCCUGGGCUUCUUAUGAUGCAGAAAUAUGCGGGUAUAAUGUUGGUCAGUAUGAACUCAGAUUCAUACAAGCCUAUCAAUCUGAGUCACCGUGACAGAACGACUCCAACCCGGCCUAAGGGAACUGUUGCAGACACCAAUGCUCCAUCAGUAAUUAUAGUACUGCACAAAGUUGCAAGAUAGCGUAGGAACCAGUUGCAUUAACCAGAAUUCAAUUUAUAUGCUGUCUUCAGUUUAACAGAAUGUAUAGAAAUUUUGCACCAUUAUCAAGUUUUUCAAAUUGGAGCAAGGCACUAUUAAAUUUUUAUCAAGAGCUAAGUGGCAGAGCUAAGAAGAGUAAAUAGCAGCUUGGUUCUAAAAUACAUUACCAUCCCUGGAAAUCUAUUUGCCUUUCUGCCGAGAAAAUGGCAACAUGUCUUAUUUUUCCUUGAAAGAACGAUGCGUGGGUCGUGAUUGCCUAAAGCCACUUAUUACAACCAGGCUGUAAUUUGCUACAAAAACAUAGUCUAACAGCAAACUCGAGUUAUAUUUAAAACUAGUAAUAUCAUGUUAUGAACUUAUUGUAAAUGAUUGAUUAACGUUCAAAUUUGUCCAACUAGAAAAGCAAUAAAGUUGUAUAUUUGAUAGGAAACAUGUUAUGAAAAAAUUCGAACGGUACGGGAUCAACUAGUAUAUCUUAAUAGUUUUUAACGUUUUUCCUUUGUAUUGAAGGCUUGUUUCAAAACUUGCCUGUUCUUUCAAGACAAUUAAAAUCUUCAUGGUAUAAAAGUUUUUAUGUGAUUUUUAAAACCGCAUCUUCCCUUCUUUCGCGCUUAGGCAUUGUUAAGCAAAGUUUCUUCUAGAAGUAAAACUCGACAGAAAUAUGAGAUGGGGCUUAAAUUUGGACGUUGUGUUUUAAAAUGCCUAGGUCCUGAGUUUCUUUAUGUGGAGUAAAAUAUUUUGAGUUACAAGCUGUAAAUGUUGAAUAUUUUUAACGCUAACAUUAUCUGAAAUACUUAUUUUAUCAAGGGGGGCAUUGCCCUGGGUACCGGACUCACUUUAUAUAUGGGAUAGGCAAGGGCUGCAGCUGACCAGACCAGUGAAUACCAUUUGCUUCCUGACUUUGUUGACAAUAUAGUGAGUCUGGCGCCCAGGGUAGGGGCGCAUGAGAUCGGGUUGUUGACACCCAGUUAGGGGACGAUGAUAUGUACUCGCUAAACCGGGGACUGACCCCCUUAGAGUAUCCUUCAUCAACAUCGGCUAUGAGCAUCUUAGAUGCCUUUUGUUGUCUGGAUAAGGUAGCCGGAACAAAAAGAAUUUAGCAUGUCGAUAUGACUUACAGAAUAUUCAGAAUUUUCAGAAUUUCUGGCUUAUGAUUGAACUUAUUCAUUGUCAACGUGACUUUCUCUAUAUGUUGGUUCUUAGUAUACCAAUGUUUAGAGGUGUUGUUGUUCAACAAUUGAAAGAUUUGAUUUGAACUUAGAAAAUAAAAAUUCAAAGUUUUUGAAUUUCGAAUCGAAUCUUCAACAAUUACAGACAGUGUUGAAAUUUUGCACAUCCCCCCUCAGUCCUAUUUUGAUAUCACUGCUAUUGAAGUACACAUACAGAAGCUUUGAAUGCGGGGGAGGGGGGGGAGGUAGAUGUUGGACUACAUGUGAAUGUUACUACAGCUGUGUCCAAGAUUGUAGAAACUGUUCAUUGUUACUUUCCUCAAGCCUUCGAUGUAAAAACCAUAAUUUGCGAAACUUUUUGUUGAUUUUACUCUGAAAAAUGCCAAGAUAGAUUUAAUCCUGCUUGAUAAGUACUGUUAAUUGAAAAAAAAGGAAUUGCAUUCCUAUUGAUUUCGCUGAACGAUUGUUUCUAUCUGUUUUAAACAGGUUUCACAAAGACUGAAACUGUGAAACUCAACACACAUUAUAUUUAUAAGAACCUGUUUACCAACAAUGAAAAGUUAGCUUGUUAGAAAACCGUCAAAUUGAUUAUUUAAACAAAUUUUAUUAUUAUUUUUUUGAAAUCUUUUCAUUUGAAAUUAUGGUGAGGGGUAAUUACCCUCACGCUGGAAUAACGAAAAAAUAAUUGCCCAUUCUUCGUUUUUGAAUUCUUAACAAGGCUCAAAAACGUUUUUGAUAUUUGAAGAAAAUUUCUCAACUUCUAAUUUGUUGAUAUCAUGUCAAUUGUAACAUGUUUAUUAAUCAACUGCUCAAAAUAACUAAAUUUCUUUGUGACGACGUGGCAUUGUCUCUGUCUGAAAUAUUUCCGUUGUAAUACCAUGAUGAGGUUACCCUUGACCAUGACUCGCGGGAUGCGUGCGCAUUAGGAUCUGGGCUUAGCCCAGUGAAUAACGGGGGGUAUGCAGACGCAACUAACACCAACCCUAGCUGCCUGUGAACUUUUAUGUACGAAUAAUGAGAGCAUAUAGUUUCAAAAAAGCCUAAUUUUCGAAUACAUUGAGUUGAUCGAGCAUUGAUGAAAAAUUUUUCUUAAUUUUGUUACUGUUUAAUUCUUACAUUCAAGAGAAAUUGAAGAAAACGAGAGACCGAAUUUACCAUCCAAUAAUGAUAAUGCAUAUUCGACUGGCGUCAUAACUCCAUGGUAUCCACAAUACAAACUUCCUAAAGGAUAUAAUUUUCUAGCAAGAAGUCUUGUUUUCGAAGUUUUAUCCGAAUUUUCAAAGAAAAUGAUACUCAAUUGUUUGGUGGUGCCUUUUUUGGAAAAUUCAAAAUGAAGUUAGUGGGUAGAGGGCUGAAGCAAUAUAUCCCAGAAUUUUUUGCUUUUAAAUAACUAAGAAAAAUUUUUCCCCAAAAUCAAGUUUCUGACUUGAAAAAUGGAAACUCAAAGAUAUUAACACUUCAAAACCAUAAAGAAAAAUUUUGGUGCGGUAGCACUUUUUUCCUUUAAUUUCAGCUUAUUAAUCUGCAAACU